UCAGUUUUCUGCAAUCAAGUUUAACAACUUCAAUCAUAUUAAGGAUGAAAAACUGAAGGACUGCAAAUUGGAAAAAAUGGACAUCUUCUUAAGGUUGGCAUGGAUCUUCAUGGCAUUGACAUUGACAGGUGCUACACUCUUCCACCAAGACACAUCAUUAAUGUUGGCUAAAUCCUUCCUGAAUCCAGAUAAUAUUGCACCAGCUCUUUUUUUUAAUCGAGUUAAAAGAUCACCAGACUUAAAAGAAUAUAAUAAUGAAAAUCUAGGAAUCAAUAUUAAACUACAAAACUACAGUACAGGACAUAUUGCUGAUAUCACUGUGAAUGAUCUGGCUAAGCUGCAUCUUCCUUGUAUUCAUGGAAAAGUUCUCAAACUAAAUGUUGAAUUCAACCAAGAUGAAAAUGAUUUUACCAUCAAAAUAAAAUUUCAUUUUCCUGAAAGUAAAGCUAAUCUAACAGGAGUAUUUAAACUAAAACAUACCAAAAUAACGAAAACAAGUUGCACUUUUGAGAUUGAUGUUCAAAGAUCUAAGGAGACUGGGAGAACAAAAAGUGAAUUUGAUGAAAAGUUUUUCAUCAAAGCCAAGAUGGAUCCUGGAGUAACGUUUACUUUAGUUAUGGAAGAUCAAAAUGAUAACACCAUGUUGGAUAUUUUGAUAAACUUUCAAUGUUUAGAAACAAAAUUCAAAGUUGACGAGUCUAUGUACAAACUUCUGCCCUUUGGUUAUGAUCUACCAUCAAGUGAACUUACAUUGGAAGAACACAAUGAUUCUAUAGAAAUUUCACUUUCACACGGAAUAUUUACUUGUGAAAUUGAAUACUUAAAAAAGUCCACUAACAUUAUGAGAAUUUCAGUUUAUAGGUAUGUGGAGAUUUUACUUGACUUGAGGCUGAAAGUGAUUAAGAAAAAGCAAGAUCAAGAAAAUGAAUUUGAAGUUUUUUAUCAGAUUGGACGAUAUAUACAUGAAAGUGAGGGUAAAAUAAGAGUUCAAUUUAGUUCAGACACUAAAAGGUAUACUCAUAACCCUUCUGUUAGGUAUUAUGACCUUACGGAACCGGAGUUUGAAGUCAUCGGAAGGUUCAUAAAUAUCAUGAUACAUCCUAGAGAUCUGGAAUGGAAGGAGUACUACAGAUUUGAAAUGUAUUUGGAAGAAAGAACGUCUGGAUUUAUUCUCUACAAUCCGCGGGAAAACAAUUGGAUUGUUAGAAUGAAAGGAUCAGUGAUAGGAGUAGAAUUGUUUUCACUCCAGACAAAAAUAUCAAAGAUAAGAGGUGAUCCUUGGGAGGCUUCAUUAAACACAAUAGUAUCAUUCAAUGCAUCAGUUAUUCCAUAUGUUCCAAGAUAUUUCAGAUAUUUCUCUGAAGGUAAUUUAACAGCUAAAUUUCAGAAGGACUCUGCUUAUGUUUACAUAUCAAAAAACAGAUUCCCAGUUUUUAAUCUAGAUCUUUCCAAACAAGAAAAUCUAUAUAAUUUUAAAUUAUCUGAUGUUAAUUUAAAUGUUCAAAGGCCUUAUUCAAUUCCAUCCAAUAUUUGGUUUGCAUUGUUUGGAUUAGAUUUCAGUGAAUUUAGUUUGGAGUUGGACAACAGUGGCGAGGAUACAAGGAUUUCUGGAGUUAGGUUAACAAAUAGAAUUCAAAGAUUGGACCUUGUGAUAAGGAGAAAUUUAGAAAAUAGUAAGCUUACUGUCUCACAUAAAAACUAUGUCUGCAUUAUACAGGCUGAAUUGAAAGAAAAGGACAACAGUACAAGUCAGUUAGUUGUAAAAAUAGAUGGAGAACCUAAAAAUUUCAACUACAGAUUAACAGAAAAUGGAAAUCCCAUCAGUUUGCUCAGAUUUGUUACCAACACUGUGAGCUUCCAAGGAAACAACUACAGCCUGAAUGUUUGGCAUUUAUUUUCAAAUUACGAUUUUCAUAAUAAUUACAGUUAUCUAGCCAACAUAAACAUUGGACAAAAUUUAGAAUUUAGCCUGGAUAAUACUUUUAUGUACAACAAUACAUAUGAGGGUGAGAAAACUUAUGAGGAGAUUCAUCAAUCACACCUAAUAAGCAUUAAUCCAAGUUCCAGACAUUUCAGAACCUUCUACAGACAACAAAUCUUUUCACCAGAUGGUCUUACUGAGGAAAAGUUGUACGAUCUUGAUUUUGGCAUGACAACCUCUAAUUUGUAUAAACUUUACUUUAACGACAUCAUUGAUUUAGAGGCUGAAAUAGGUGGUCUAAAUUAUGUUUCCCUGAGAUCAAAAAUUGUAGACAUGUAUGAACUCUCAAUUAUAAAUGUUGGAGAGGUGGCCUAUAUGAACCUCAAUGGUAAAGAUUUAUUCUCAUAUAAGGUAGAUACAGAAAACAACGAAAUCAUAAUUGAUUUUCCAAUUUCCCUGAUGGUCAUGCGCAACCCUAUUUCUUGGUAUAGAAGCUAUAAAACAGAUCAACCUAUGCUUACAACUGUUGUUUAUUCAAACGAUGCUACAAUGUUUGGAAUCUAUGGCAAAGUAAAAGAUUCCUGCUUCAAUGGUGUCAACACCCCAGCACUUGAAUUAUCUAGAAAUCAUGAGAUAGGCUUUAAUAAGGAAACAUUGCAGUCAGAUUUCUGGAAUAGAGCCACUCAUCUUUAUAGUUGCCUGGGUGAUGAAUAUAUUUGGAAGCUGGUUGAGAUUGGAGCAGACGCUCUUGGACUUCAAGAUAACGAGAUAUAUGAGGGUGACAAUAUGGAUUAUGGUAGUGGGGACUUUGGAAGUGGAAACUAUGGAAGUGGAUACUAUUGAGAUUAAGUACAAUAGAUGUAGACAAUUGCUUAAUAAAGAUUAUGAAUCUGAAAA